AUGACAAGUGAUCAUAUCAAAUCAAAUCAUUCUGCCUCUUCAAUUUUGGAAUGUGGAGAUUUUUGUUUGACAGAAAAAUGUUCAGGAUUUAAUUAUCAAUCCAGAAAAAACGAGACGGAAAUUAAUUGUCAACUUACAUGCUUUCCUACAUCCUCUAGUCUCAUGACUAAAGAUGCAUCAUGGGCUUUUUAUCAAGUCGAAGAGUAUCAG